UGUUCGCAAUCACACGGUUUUGGUUAUGUUUUACGAGUGUUUAUUAUUUUCAGUCACCUGAAGGUCGGGAGAUGUCGAGAAAUGAUUUAUUUUUUUGGGAAGAGUGAAUGAGUAAUAAAUGAGAGGAAUUGAUGUUUUGGGAAGAGACUGAGGAGAGGAAUUUCAGGGAGAGUUCUUGGGGGAUAUCUCGUGAAAUGUCGAAUUACUCGCAUGUGCAGAGAGUGAGGAAAUUGUAUAAAACCAUUCUGAAGCUGCACAGGGGGUUGCCGGAGGCCAUGCAGACUUUGGGGAAUAAUUACGUGCGUGAUGAGUUUCGCAGGCAUAAGACUUGUGGACCUACUGAGGCUAAUGUAUUCAUGCAUGAGUGGGCUGAUUAUGCAAUCGGAUUAGCUGAACAACUCGGUUUGCGGGGCCCACUAACAUCGAAACCCCUCGGAAGAGCUCUAGCCGUCGAGGACCUGGACAAACUCAGGGACGAGCAGGUUUAUCAGUUGUACGAACUCAUGAUUGCCGCCACUGACAAGCCGGAGGGGGAAAAAAGUUGAUGACAGAACAGUCGAUCUAGUUUGAGAUUGUAAUGUAAAGUGUGUGCUUCGAUUUACUUUUUCAAUAAAUUUAUUAAAUAAUUGAA